UCUAAGUGUAUAUUGUACGUCGGACGUCGUCCUUGUUUCCAUGGCAACGAAACCGUCAUUCUGGGCAACGAGCCAGUCAACUCUCCACUCGCCGACUUGACGCCCAACUUGUCACUCGCUUCGUUUUCCUUCGACAACAAAACGUCACACAUGUUGGAUAUCGGCGAAGAGUAGGAUGAAUUCUCACACUCGAGGCAUCGUCUGCGAGGACUAUAACGACACUUACGUCAACCAAACCGAUUGCGCCAAUGUCAAUUACUCGGGCGCUAUCAACGAUACCGGCUCGGAAAUCGCAUAUUUAGAUCCCCAUUACUACUCUAUGAACUAUAGGGUGGUGGGUACCAUCUUUCAGAGCAUCAUUUUCGUGGUGGGCGUGCUGGGCAACAUCAUGGUGGUGAUAGUGGUGAUGCGGACUCGAACUAUGCGUACGCCCACUAAUUGUUACCUGGUGAGUCUAUCCAUUGCGGAUUUUCUGGUACUGAUCUCUUCCGUGCCUAACGAGAUCUUGGCAUAUUACUUGCUGGGUGACGAAUGGAUAUGGGGUAGGGCCGGAUGCGCCAUAUUCAUAUUUUCCCAAUACCUUGGUAUCAACGUCUCUUCUCUAUCCAUCACGGCAUUUACUAUAGAAAGAUACAUAGCUAUCUGUCAUCCCAUGAAGGCCCAAACGGUUUGUACCGUCAAACGUGCCAAAAAGAUCAUUAUUAUUGUUUGGUGUUUUGCCUUUAUGUACUGUUCGCCUUGGCUCUUCUUGACCAAAACCAAGCCGCUGUAUUACAAGGGGCACACGAAUAAGGAAACGUGCGACUUCGCAAUAAGGCGUAAAGAUUACUUGACCUACUUCUUCGCAGAUCUCGUCAUCUUUUAUAUUAUACCCUUGGUCAUAUCCUGUGUACUCUACGGCUUCAUUGCCAAGAUACUUUUUUCCAACGACAUACCUAAAUCUUCGGGAAAAACCAAUGGAGUCCUUAAUGUUUCCGAUUCGAAAAAAUCUAGCACAGUGGGAAAUGCUAGAGUUCAGGUUGUAAAGAUGUUGGUUGUGGUGGUGGCCGUGUUCGCAACGUUGUGGCUGCCCUAUAGAGUGCUGUUAGUUUACAACUCCCUGGCCAAGGAGCGUUAUAUGGAGCUAUGGUAUCUAAUGUUUAGCAAGACCAUGGUGUUUAUCAACAGUGCUAUUAAUCCAAUCCUUUACAAUGCCAUGUCCAUCAAAUUCAGAAGAGCAUUCAAGAGAAUGCUUUCCUGUUCCAAGAAGGGAACGUCCGAGGGGCCCUUUAGCAGUUCUACAAGAAACACCCGAAGCAUCGUAACGAAUACAACAAGAAUUACCUCUUGCAAAAUUGAGCAAAUGCAACACGUCCUCUAGGGCUUUCCACGGUUGCGAUAUUCAUUCCAACUUAAUCUAUUUAUUGGGUUCUUAAUUACAUUUAAAAAAUCCAAUAUUAUCAAAAUAAUAGCAUUUAAAGUAUUUUAAAACGUGCCAAAAACGAGCGAAGACAAUUAGAAAAAGAAAACACAUUUAAGAAAAAAAAUAUAUAUAUAAUAUAUUCUCGGAUUUUAUAAAAGUAAUUUUUAUAAUACUUAAACCUCUAAAAAAUUGUUAAAUACUCAAAAUAAUAUUCAAAUUUUGAUGGUGUUUAGAACCGUUAUAAACACUAAAGUUAAUGAUAUAUUUAAAAAAGUUACGUUUUUGGGUCAUGGGGAUACAAAGCAAAGAAGGAAUGAAGGCGUCAUCCAUUAUAUUUAUUUUUCUUGAUAAUCAUAUAAAACUUUGUGAUCUUCGAGUUUAAAUAUUGUGUUGAAUUAAUAUAUUUUUCUGUGAAGUAUAAUAUGUGAUCAUAUAAAAAAUCUUUUCGUGAUUUUGUGAGUGUAUCAGUAAAGAUAAUAAAAGAUACAUAUCAGUGAUAUGUUGGAUUAUUUUAUCGAAAGAGUUUAUGGAGGAGCAUCCUCAGUUAAAGUUAAGGAUGUUUGUUUAAUUUGAUGUUAAUUAGAAUGCAUUAAUGUAU